GGGGGGGGAUGAUCACUGAGUCCGUUGCCUGUUGUGGAUGUGGGAAAGACGUGGCAGCAGCAGCAGCAGCAGCAGCAGCAGCGGCAGCAGCGGCUGAGGUUGAGGCAGAUCUGAGGUCUCCUGUGUAGAAGUAGUCGGCGUCAGGACGUUAUGCCCUGCGAGCAGUGAGGGGUAGCGUGUGAGAGCCAGGAGCAGCUGCUGUGACUGCAUCUGCGCUGCCUGCAUGUCUCAGACAGGCAGGGGAUGCAGCAAAGCUCUGCCCUGAGCACACAGGCUGCUAGCUGUACCCAGCAAGGAGAAGAACCAGGUGGGCUGGGGUUGGAUUGGGGGGGCGUCUGCCUCAGGAAGGAGCUAGCUGUGGUCCUGCAGUCAGAGUCUCAGAGGCUCACCUGCCGUCUGUUGGAUCUGAACCUGGAUUUACUGCUUUGAGAGAUGAGAGGCACGUUCUCCUCAGCAGCCCGGAGAAGAGUGUGAAUGCUGGGCAGCGCAGGAAGCACUGGCACCACCAAGGACAACAAGGUUUUUCUCACUGGUAGACAGCUUACCUGGAGCUUUAUCGAGGAACCUAUUCUUGGAUUUUAUUAUGAAUUGAGGAGUUUGGUAUCACUGUGGAAAUCCUAAGCCAACGUUUCUUCCUUUUUUUGAAGUAGGAUCUUACAAUAUGUCUACCUGAGCGUACUCCCUGUGGGUCUGGAGUAAGGAAGAGAAGUAUUUUAAUCAAAUGUGUAUUCCUUGAUCAGAAAUAACACAAGUACCUCAACAGUACAUUAGAAUGCUGCUGCCUUCAUUGUAUGAGCCGUGUCCUAGCUCUCAAAGAGGUUGACCAAUGAAGCCAUGGGACUCAGCCAGAGCUUUACAAAUGGGGCCUGUGGUAAAGCCCUGGACCAGCCGGUCGGAGAGUGGCUGGAGCACGUGGGGCUGCCGCAGUACGAGAGCAAGUUCCUGCUCAAUGGCUUCGACGACCUACGAUUCAUGGGAAGUAACGUGAUGGAGGACCAGGAUCUCAGAGACAUGGGGAUCACCGACCCAGGACACAGAAAGAAAAUCCUUCAUGCGGCACGCAGCUUGCCCAAGGUAAAAGCACUGGGCUGUGAUGGCAGCACAUCUCUUGCCUCGUGGCUAGAUGGUCUGGGUCUGCAUGAAUAUCUGCCCAACUUUCUCUCAAGUGGCUACCGCACACUGGAGUGUGUGAAGAACCUGUGGGAGCUGGAGAUUGUCAAUGUUAUUAAGGUUGGUCCCCUGGGCCACAGAAAGAGGAUCAUUGCUUCUUUAGCAGAGAGACCGUAUGAAGAGGCUCCUUCUAAGUCCCGUCGUUUGUCUCCAAUCUUGUUUCAUGACCUCCUGUCCCAGACCACAUCCCCCCUCAGUCAGAUGGACCCCUACACCAGUCGCUCCAUGGACAUGCUCCUGCCCUUGACUGAGACGGACCGAAGGCGGAGAGGAGUCGACCAAGACUGUAGUGUUUCUCUGCGCUCAUACUGCGAGAGGCCGCGCUCUGUAGACAGACAGAGUGAACGACAUAAAGACUCUCGUUUAAACCUCCGGCCGCCGAGCCAGUCUGCUACCUACGCCACCGUAUCCGCCUGGCAUCACCAGCCUGAGAAACUCAUCCUGGAAUCCUGCGGAUACGAGGCAACUUACCUAGGAUCAAUGAUAAUCAGGGAUCUUCGAGGUAUUGAAUCCACACAAGAUGCCUGUGCCAAAAUUAGGAAAUCAAAGGAUUCCAGAAAGGGUCCAGUAGUCAUACUAUCCAUUACCUAUAGAGGGGUCAAGUUCAUUGAUGCAGCCACAAAGACCAUAGUUGCGGAGCACGAGAUCAGGAACAUCUCAUGUGCCGCUCAGGACCCAGAUGACCUCUGCACUUUUGCUUAUAUUACCAAGGAUCUGAAGAGUGGCCACCACUUCUGCCAUGUCUUCAGCACUGUGGAAGUGACACAGACCUACGAGAUCAUCCUCACACUGGGGCAGGCAUUUGAAGUGGCCUAUCAGAUGGCAAUGCAGACCAGGGCGAGACAAUAUGUCCCACCUACGUCUCUGAGCCCAGAGGUCAUAGAAACCAAAACCAGCCGUCCUGUUUCUCAGUCCUGGAAUAGUAUGCGGAGAUCAGCAGUCCUCCUGCUUCCCAGGGUGCCCCUCUGCUCGAAUGCCGCUGCUGUCACUGUCACACGUGUACUACCCACCGUCCUUCCUUCCUCCCGUUGCACUCUGUUAGCCCUGGAGUCCAGAUUGACCCCCUGGAGAUGGACCCAGACAUGCAGUCCCUGGGCAGCACCACCUGGCUCUUGGACCACCGGGACUCCAACAGGCGCCCCGUCAGCACCAAGUACGAGACCACCAUAUUCUGAGGCGGGAUCCCCACAGCCGCCCCUCUGCACCCCCUCGUACUUCCCUCUCUCCCCCCUGCAUCCGGUUCUUGAUUUAUCUCACACACACACAGACACUCAAACAUAAACAUGCGAGCCCCGUGCCUUUUCACUGUGAUGGUAUAGCAUCCCUCAGGGCUGCCCACUCCUGCAACCUCCUUUGCCCUGCCCAGCGACCCACACAAACCUCUCUACCCGUCAUGACAAACACUCCUGCGGCCCCCCCCAUUCCUCCCCACCACCCCCGGCAGCCUCCCUCGCCUGUUGCUGCUACAGCCCAUGCCGGAGCCCUGGACCGGAUGAUCCUGGACCGAUGUCAUUUUACAGUGGCCCUGCUCUCUCAACCAAACUGCCUCUUCCUCCUCAUCCUCCUCCUCCUGACAACUUGCAUCUGCCUCCAAAUCCCAGAUAGAUCCCAGAGGUUGCAUCUUUAUUAUUCUUUUCUCUUUCAGGCCUUUAAAAAACAUUGAUUCUCCACAGGCAAAACGAGCAUGCUCAUUUUUAUUUUGCUCUCUAUGUAGACUUCGGAUUGGCUUUAAGUCACAACAAAUUUAUAUUUCAGGAAGGUUGAGGUUGCACUUUCAAGAAUACUGAAUAGUUGCACAGUUUCAUAUAAUAUCAAAGGUAUUACAGUUUGUUUAACUGUUAAAAGAAAAGUUUAAAAAAAUGUACGCUUAAUGAUCGUCUUGAUCAGAAUAUAUCUAUAUCACCCUCUCUUCUGAACUGUUAGAUUGAUUAUUUUAUUUGUCUUGGGACCAUGUAAAAAAAAAGUUCAUCCCGACAAAUUUGAGAACUAUACAAGCUAUAAAGCUACGAUCUAAUCUCCAUUACAAGAAGCUAUUGCCAGCUGCCAGCUAAUUUAGCUUAGCUUAAAGACUGCAAAUAAGCGAGGAACAGCUAGCCUGGCUGUGAAAAAAAGCAACAAAACAUAAGAACCAGCAUUUAAAUGACACAAACACUAAAUCUUGUAACCCCUGUGUGUACAAAAAUGACAAAUUGGUGCUUUGAGAAGUGCUACGUGCUGAACUAGUUCCUUUUCUUGAGUGAGAUUGCAACCCCCUUAUAGCUCCCAUAAAUCCCUCCUAUGUUAUUCUUCUUUCAGAUUAUUGAGUAUUUUAUUCAAGGAAAAUGAUCUUUAUUUAGAAAUCCAAACUGGUUUGACGUAAUUACUGGGAGUCUGCAAGAAAUAGUCCAGCACGUUUCCCCCCCGUUACACAACAUUUUCACUUUUUACAAUUUAUUUUCUGCAAGGAUCAAACCAUGCAGAAUCAGCAUGUGAAUCAGUGAGCAGCACGACUGUCGCCUGGUUGAUUUUUCUACCGUGACAUCGUGCAAAUCGAGCUGCUUCCCCGUUGUCAGUCUUUCUUUUAGGCUCAGUUUGCCGGCUCCUGGCGGGAGCUUCAAUUAUUAGAUACAGGCAUGUGAGGGAUAUUAACAGUAGUCCAGUGAAUCUUUAACUUUUCUUUUAACAGACACUUCAGAUACUAAGUCUUUAAAACAGAAGAAUGAUUAUUAUUUUUUUUCAAUAUCAUUUCUUUCUUUUUUUAAUUUAAUGAAUUAUUUGAUUGUUUGGUUGUUUUGCCUCAAGACAGUUAUAUAUUUAUUUUUUUCUUUCUCCAUCUUUAGCCUGUCCUGUCUUACCAGGCAUCUACCACUGUGAGGCACUAUGAGGAGGCUGCUUUGCUAGCAUGGGAUGCAAGACGGACAAUUAAUCAAUGAAAGAUAAAAAAAACAGCAACAUGCAGCAAAACAACCUGUUUUUUUUUCUACUCAUUUGUACAGUAGUCAUAUUACAACCCGAUGGAUCGAUCAUGAAUCCAUCACUGAUGUCUGAACUCAUAUGGACCAAGAACUGAACCCGUGUACACACACAGGAGGACAACUUUACCACACUUUACCGAGGACGACAGCCUUACUUUAUUUCGGGUUAUCUAUAAUCAACUUAAGCCCCAAAUCUUCCUGAAUAUCACACCCACCACAACCCAACAACUGCACGCCAACCCCUUGCUUCUAGAAAAAAAAAAAAAAAAAGACGACACUGCUGAUUUCCUGGUGUUUUUCAAUGACUGUGACUUGCUGCGUUGGGACGGUGAUCUAAUGAUGGUACAGUUCUGUCCAGAUGAGAGCCUUUGCCCUGGCCUUGUACUGCCCGUUCUGCAGUCUCUCAGCAUUCAUGGUAGCAAUGAGAGACUGCAGAUAAUCACAGCAUCUUCUUGUCAAUUAAAAAAAAAAAAAAAAGAAAUCACUGUGUUAAAACAUGGCACUAUCCCUUUUAAUAUCUUUUCUUCUUUUCUUUUCUUACCGUGGAAACGGUGCGUUUUGUGAUGCUUCUUGAUAGACCAGGUCUGACUGAGAUACUUUGGGGGGCGGGGAAGAGUGAAUAAAAGGGGAUCGUAAAGUAUCCGGAUAUUGAGGCAAAACAAGAAACAAAAAAAGAUGAUACAACCCCAAAAGACAUAGAUAACACAAGCGUAUUGAGUGAACCACAUUUCACAAGUUUGUAAUCCAAACAAAAAACAUCCUCUAGUCUGCACGAUUUCAUUUGACUCGACGACUGUAUUAAUGAGCCUCAAGCACAAUUUGGCGCAUGUUUCCCAACAUAGCAUCUUAUUAUCAUGAUUACAUGGGUAGGUAUCCAUGCUGUUUCACACCAAUUUAAAAAUUCGGUUCAGUUCAUGCAAAAGUAUGUCACUUGAGGACAAACGGCAGUGAAAAGGUUUUAACCACAUUAAGCCACCACAUUAAAAAGGAGCCAAAUCCAAGUGCUGCUCUGGUGUCUUGUUAAUGAGAAUAGAUUUGUUAUGCCGAGAACACCUUUUUUUCUCCCCCCCCCCCUUUAAAAAAUAUAAUUCCUCACUGCACUGUGACUCAAAAAUGCUCGUUGUGGAGUCGACACGAAUCUGUGGGUUCUCCCCCGUGUGCACUACCUGCUGUGCGUGCUGUAUGCCUUGUUCCUUGUCUGUCCUCAUGGGAGUUUGGACUGUUAACAUCACUGUCCGCUGUCCUUGUUUUUUCAUGUGUGCUGCAGGAGAAGGGAGGCAUUGAGCUCCUGUGUGGCUGCAGACUGACUGUUAAAAAGAUGUAGCUGGUCUGUGUGUGGUACCGUGGCUGUGUCUUUGCCACCUUGUUCUGACUGUUAACUGUUAGCUUCCACUGAUGAUGCAUGAUGGCAGUGUUUCUUUGUGUUUUGUACCCUUUGAUGCACUCGGCCUGAGCAGUCUUUGUAUGUACCGUAGCAGUGUCUCGUCUCUCUUCACUCAUCUGCCAUUUGCUUUUUAUGUUCCCUCACCAAAAAAAUACAGCGUUUCAUCCUCAUCCCUUCCAUGUCUCCAUUUGCCUUUCAUUCCUCCAACAUUUUGUCACGUAUGUUCUUCCAUUUUGUGUGUCACCAAGACAACCUGCUCUAGUAUGGAUGCAUAAUGUAAAAGCAUUACACUUUAAUGAGCAGCAGCUAUUUAAAGCAAGUUUUGGUGGCAUGAUAUGGCUGUGCAUGUACCGGUCUUUUUUAACAUUGGUGUUUUCCUUGUGUAGCUCACCCCAGCGUUCAAGUUUCCGGAUACCAAGCUGUGAGUUGAAGGGGAGCAGCCGAUGCGAGUGUGUUUAGCGUGUGUUCAGUUAGCGGGCAGAGCAGUGGAAAAGAGAAUAAAAGGGAGAGGAAAAUGAGAGGUAAGCCUUAUGCAACAUGCAGGGCCAAAACCAGCGCUACUAUGACAUUUUAGAUCUCACUCUGUAUAUCCCCUUUGCUCCUCCACUGCCCCCUGAUACGACUCCCAACACACAGACAAACGGUAAACCUGUUGUCCCACAUCACUGGCUAAGCAGGACCUGUGUAUCACUCCUGUCUUUAGAGAGGUCAGUGGGAAAGGCUCAGUCUAUUUCCUGGCCUCUUAAGUUCUUAAGAACUUUCUGAUCUUGUCAUGUAGGUACUGUAAUGUUUAGAGCACUGUAGACCAUUUAUGAUAUAGACCAUUACUGAGCAUUUCUAUUGAUUCAGGUCUAUUGGAGAUAGAAACUGGGAAUUAUUAAGGGAAAUGAAAUGUUGAGGGGAAAAAAAAAAAAGAAACUGUACCAGCAUACAAUGCUCUGCCCAUGUUUGUGGACAGAGUGUGGUUUGUCAAAGAAAAUGUGAUACUGUUUCAAAUUUCAAAGCAAUAUUAUAUUAAUGAAAUUAAAUAAUACAAUGACAAAAGAA